CUCACUUCCGGCGUUGUGCAUGUGCAUUUUCUCAAUCGUCCGCUGUUCUGGUUGAGAAGGCCAAAUAGCGAGUGUCCGUGCACUUCAUUGAGAUGUCUGCGGCAUUACGUGUGGUCUACACCGUAUCCAGGCCAGGGUCAUUUCUGGCCAGACAAAAUCUUGUACGUCCUCUCAGCCUAUCCGCACACAGAGCAGGGAUUAAAUAUGUUAAUAAUCAGGAGGAAGCCACAGAUAUGAAGUCCAUCACGGACCGUGCAGCUCAGACUCUUUUGUGGACAGAGCUGUUCAGAGGUUUGGGAAUGACCAUGAGCUAUCUUUUCCGUGAACCUGCCACAAUCAACUACCCGUUCGAGAAGGGCCCUCUAUCGCCCCGUUUCCGUGGCGAGCAUGCGCUGCGCAGGUACCCCUCUGGAGAGGAGCGGUGCAUUGCAUGUAAACUUUGUGAGGCCAUUUGUCCAGCCCAGGCCAUCACCAUUGAGGCAGAACCUCGUGUUGACGGCAGCAGGCGAACAACGCGUUAUGACAUAGACAUGACCAAAUGCAUCUAUUGUGGCUUUUGCCAGGAGGCCUGCCCUGUGGAUGCUAUUGUAGAGGGUCCCAACUUUGAGUUCUCCACAGAGACUCAUGAGGAAUUGCUUUAUAAAAAUUCUGUGUAUUCUGUUUUCUGA